AUGUCUUCUCACGAAGAGAAAGUGGCAGAUGACAUUCAACAGGAAUUCUUGGCGUCCGGUGAGACCAAUAAAUCCGCGGCAGAUGAAACUCAUUUGAAAUCUUCAAAAUCCGGAGUGACCUUUGAAGCUGCCGGGAAAGUGACAGAUGGUGAUGAUGAUACUCAACCGAAAUCUUCGAAACCCGAGAUAGAGAGCCUCCGAGUUUCAUGUUGUUCAUGGAUAUCGAGUCUAAUGGUGACGGUUGUGACGAAGGGAGGGGUAUACCUGUUAUUGAUCUUUGUGCUUCUCUCCAUUAUCAUGGCACAUUUUGAGAUCAAUCAGUUGGUUUUGUUUAUCGUCAGUUUCUUUGCGAUCAUACCAUUGUCCAACGUUCUGACCACUGGACUUAACGACCUGACGACUAGGGUUGGACCUGCUUUCCUAUCGGUUCUCCAUGCAUUCUCGGGAAACUUUGUGGAGCUCGUAAUUGAAUUCUACGCUUUGAUCGACGGGCGAUAUGCAAUUGUGCGUUCCGCCAUACUGGGGGCCAUUCUUUGUAACAUUACGUUGGUUCUAGGUGUGACAUUUUUGGCGGGAUCCUGGCCAACACAAAAUCGAAUUAACACGGGAGUUUUGCGCCGCCGACAAGAAAGUCGAAUCGUCACUGGAACGCCACAGUCGGGAACAUUUCGUGUGCAAGAUUCGUCGUUUGAAACGAAGUUGUUUGUCAACACGAGUGCCUCUAUAUUGGCUCUCGCAGUGCUCGGGUUGGUUAUUCCUACGGCAUUCAAAAUUGCUGCAACACCGCAAUCCAUCCUUACAUCCGAUAGCAUUGUGGUUAAUGCCAAGGAGUUCGAAUACAAAGCGCCCUUGUAUCGGUGGUACUUUGAUGUUAUUCUAAUUGUGGCCUCUAUUGCUGGCAUUACUGUAUGUGCCAGAUAUCUCGUGUCCACAGUCGAACAUAUAGCCGAAGAAUUUCAGCUUGGUACUGGAUUUGUUGGCAUAGUGUUGUUCCCAUUGUGUGUCGUAUCCAACUUCAUCGAACACUACGAAGCGAUAAAACAUGCUUUUGAUGAUAAAGUUGACACGGCAGUUGGUUUAAUCUUAAACACGUCCGUGCAAAUGGCCUUGCUGGUGGCACCGAUCCUAAUUAUCUUGGGGUGGAUCUUGGGAAAACCAUUGACACUGGAUUUCAACGUUCUCGAAUUAACGGCGUUAGCAUGCGCCGUGCUAAUUGUAAAUUAUUUGGUCGCGGACAACCGAGCCACAUGGCUAGAAGGCUAUAUGUUAAUUGUCUCAUAUCUUCUUUUGGCAGUAGCUUUCUUCUACUUUCCUACUACAGUUGAAACGGAGAGCAACGUUUAUUGCAAUCCUUUCAGCAGAAAUUUACAUCCAAAAAAUGAUUCCCCUACGACGACGACGGCCGCUUAG